UAGCCGAGGAGCCCUUGAAGGUCAUCUCCACCAUCUACAAAGGAAGCCAGGAUGCCAAUGUGGCCGGACCUGGCCUUCCAGAUGUUCCUUUGCCUCCUUGUCCUCCAUCCCGAUGGAUCCAGAUGUGAGGAGGACCGGAUGAACGCCAUCCUUUCGGCCCUGGAGAGAUCAGCUGCAGUCCUGGAGGAGGAGUAUGAUGCCAUCAACUUAGACGCCGUGGUGGGAUUCCACAUUUUGCAAGCCUUCUUGAGCAAAACGUUGGAGGAAUGGGACAAAAAGCCAGGAUUGGAGCUGGAGAGGGAGCGAGUGGCACGGCUGGAGGCAAAAGUGUCUGCUUGGACCGAAAAAGCCAAACAUUCCCUGGAGCUGCAGGACCCCGAUUAUUACAGAAAUUUUGCCCCGGCUUUAAGUCCUGGUUUUUGGAAGGUCCCAGACCGCUGGACCCAGAUUGACCAUUCUGUUGGUUUUCCCACAACCAAUGGCUCCUGUUUGCUUGGAGGGAUAAGCGAUUCCUGCAUUUCUUUCCUCUUAGGAUCGUGGAAAGAUGGCGGAGAGUCGUGCCUCGUUCCCGAAAACUGCAAGAGCAUUAUGACAAAAACUCACUGCUCGAAUUAUGCGUUGUCCCACCAGCUUCUCUACUUCCUCUUUGCAGAAAUGAAAGGAUGUUUGAAUCCUCUCUUCCUGGAUGCCCAAUAUUACAAGAACGUCUUCUGCCAUUUGAUGAUGCAAAGCAACCUUCAUCCCAAAAAGGACGUUGAUGCUCCGGGAGACAUCUUUACGGAAAACAUUAUGUUUUGCGGCUUGGCUGGGUUCUCUGAUUUCUACAAGCCAGAAUGGCUGGAUCGCAUCCUUAGCUGGCAAAACCCUGGAGAUGGGUGUUUCUGGAUGUACAAGCCCUCCGUUCCAAAUCCAGAAGGCGCCGUCCCCAAACCACGAAGGUUUAGAAGAAGGGAGAAACUUCUUAAAGAUGAAUGUUCUUCUCAUAACAUUGCUGUGGCUGUAGGAGCCAUCGGGGGAUUCCUUUACUAUGGCUUCUGAUACCAGUCCAGUCAUCAUCAUCAUUGCCACCACCAUCACUAUCACCAUCUCCAACAUUAUGACUACCACCAUGUUUAUUUCAAGGCUGCUUUCUCAUGCCCAAUGCAUUUCCAGAUAUCUACUAACAAUUGCAAAUCCUGACAAGCUUUCAGUAGAAUAGAGCAGAAGGAACUAAUCCAAACAUUUCGCAUUCAUUGUUGUAAUACGCCUGCAAGUCAACUCUGAGUUAUGGUGCAUGAGAGUUUUCUUGGCAAGAUAUAGUCUGUGGAAGAUUGCCAUUGCCUUCAGUGGGUGACCUUGGGCAAGGCACACACUCUCAGCCUCUGAAGGCGGCAAUGGCGAA